CGGUUCCACACUAUGCUGCAGCGCAAAGAAGAGCGAGAAGUAGGGCUCUGGAAUUUGGCAACAGAGCUAGCAUGUAUAACAACUCUUCCGAUGGCAAUAUGGAUUAACACAGCGCCCACUGAGAUAUAACAGAGGAGGAAACGGCCAUACAGGAGUGUGUCUGGCUGUGUGUGGGUUUCUACCACUCCUGGUAUUUGAACUUCAACACACACAAACAUCCUGCCACAAUGUCACGGAGGGAACGGCCGUGGUCGGUGUACAGGUCGAACACUUUUGAGCUUUCCUCAGAGAUGCUUGGACUAGCAUUGGAAGGAAAUAGUCAAGAUCCAGAUGAGCCAGUACUGGAGUUCAGUCUUGUCUGUAGUGAGCUGACCACACCGUCUUUGGACCGAAAACCCAACAGUUUUGUUGCUGUGAGCUGUACCACACCUCCUCAGGCUUUCUGGACCAAACAUGCACAGACAGAGAUCAUUGAGGGUACAAGUAAUCCCAUGUUCCUCAGCAGUGUGGCUUUCUUCCAAGACUCCCACAUUAACCAGCACACACAGGUCAAGCUCUCUGUGUACGAUGUAAAAGAUCGCUCACAAGGAACGAUGUACCUUCUUGGCUCAGCGAUGUUUCCAGUGAAGGAUCUUCUGCUGGAAAAGAACCAUAGACUAAACUUACCUCUCAGGUCAGCAGAAAACAAGCAUGUGGGUAGUAUUACAGUCAUUGCCUGGCAGCUAGAGGAGAAGAGAGAUCACCAUACACCAAUCAAACAACUACAAGACACCAUCAAUGGCAGGACUGUCCUCCCUGUGGAUGAGAGUCUGACAGAAUCUGUGGGAGUCCGAGUGAAAUACGCCUCUCUGUGGAAAGACUCCUUUCUUCGAUCUGUGUUUGGUGGCACCAUGUCACGUAUGUACCGUUUUCCAACCACUGAUGGGAAUCAUUUACGGAUCUUGGAACAGAUGGCUGAGAGCAUCCUGUCACUUAACAUCCCACGACAGUUUGUCAAACUCUUACUGGAGGAGGAUUCCUCAAGAGUAUCUGAGCUGGAGGAGUUAGGUCAGUUAUCACCGUGUUGGGAGAAUCUCAGACGGCAAAUUGUGACACAAUACCAGAGCAUCCUUCAGACCUAUCAGGAUACACACACAGACCUGCAGGACUACAAAGGUCCAUCAUUUAAAGCCAGUAAUCUGAAAGCGGAGAGGAAAUUGGAAUUUAUGCCUACCAACCUUCAUGUACAGAGAAUGAGGGUUCAGGAUGAGUCUGGCUGUGAUCACACCUAUGAUGUGGUUACGAUCGGGGCCCCUGCAGCUCACUGCCAGGGCUUCAGAAACGGUGGUUUGCGGAAACUAUUACAGAAAUUUGAGGAGGCAAAAAAAGUCAUUUAUGAGGAGGAAUGCAGUGCUCUGUCCAGCUCCCAGUCCAUCGUCUACAUCCCUCAGGAUAUUAUCCGUGCCAAAGAGAUCAUCUCCCAUAUCAACACCCUCAAGACUCAGGUCAGCUACUACGCUGAGCGCCUGUCUCGUGCUGCUAAAGAACGCUCCGCUAAUGGCAUGGAGAGAACCCUCGCCAUCCUAGCGGAUAAGACACGGCAGCUGGUGAUGGUGUGUGACUGUAAACUUCUGGUGUCUGCAGUGCAGGCCCUGAACGCAGCUAGACCCGAGUACAUCGCCUCUAAAAACUCACCCUCUGCUGACUCAGAGCAGGUGGUGCUGAGGAAUGAUCAGGACACACUGCUGGCCAAAUGGAGUGGCAGAAACAGUCGUUCAUCCCUCCAUGUUGAUUGGCAUGAGGAAGAGUGGGAAAAGGUGUGGGGGAAUGUUGACAAAAGUCUGGAGUGUAUCAUCCAGCGAGUGGACAAACUGCUGCAGAAGGACCGUUUGCACAGCAGCAGCAGUGAGGACAUGUUCCAGACUGACCAGCAAAGUGGCACCAGUAAGAAAGGUAAUGCCAAACCAAAAGCCUUCUGGAUCAACCCUGUCCGCAUGGAGGAACCUUCCUCAGUCCCCGAACUGCAACAACAGUCACUUUCACCAUCACCGUCACCAUCAUCACCAUCAUCUUCACCACCCGAUCUGAACCCUGCAUGCCCUGUUAAUGCAGAAACGCAUGCCUAUGGCAGCAGCAGCAGUGGAGAGGAGAGUUACCCAGGUGAGUGGAGCGAGGCUCUGUAUCCCCUCUUGACGACCCUAACAGAGUGUGUGGCCAUGAUGAGCGACAAAGCCAAGAAGUCAAUGGUUUUCUUACUCAUGCAAGACAGCGCUCCCACCAUCGCAAUGGACCUCAACCUGCAGUACCGCCGAGACGUGGUCUUCUGCCAGACACUCACAGCACUAAUUUGUGGCUUCAUCAUCAAACUGAGAAACUGUCUCCGUGACGACGGUUUCCUGAGACAGCUCUAUACCAUCGGUCUGCUCGCUCAGUUCGAGUGCCUAUUAAGUACUUAUGGAGAGGAGUUAGCCAUGUUAGAGGACAUGAGCAUAGGAAUAAUGGAUCUUCGAAACGUGACAUUCAAGGUGACGCAGGCCAUCUCUACCUCUUCCCCCGACAUGCUGCCGGUGAUCACCGGAAAUAGAGACGGGUUCAAUGUUCGCAUCCCGCUCCCGGGAAGCAUGUUUGAUGCAUUGCCAAGGGAGAUCCAGAACGGCAUGCUGCUGCGGGUACAGCCGGUGCUGUUCAACGUGGGCAUCAAUGAGCAGCAAACGCUCGCCGAGAAGUUUGGAGACACGUCGCUUCAGGAGCUCAUCAAUGUGGAGAGCCUGGCACGUCUUGGCUCUUACUACCAGCAGUUCAAAGAGGUUUUACCUGACGACUGUCUUCCUCGCUCUCGUAGUCAGACGUGUCUCCCAGAGCUGUUACGGUUCCUUGGCCAAAAUGUUCAUGCUAGGAAAAAUAAAAAUGUAGACAUCUUGUGGCAGGCUGCAGAGAUUUGUCGGCGACUAAAUGGAGUACGUUUUACCAGCUGUAAAAGUGCCAAGGACCGCACUGCUAUGUCAGUGACUUUGGAGCAGUGUCUGAUCCUGCAGCACGAGCAUGGCAUGGCCCCGCAGGUCUUCACCCAGGCCCUGGACUGCAUGCGCAGCAUUGGGACCAGGGAGGGGGUAACUCAGAAGAACCUGAGCGGCUUAUUGCCCAUACGUGACUUCAGGCUGGACCCCAGUCUGCUCUACUCUCUGCCCCUUCUGGCCCUGAGCCCAAACCUGCUCAUCGUCUGGGUGUUCCUCAGCAUAGCCUACCUGCUGGCCAAACUCCGCUGCAGCUGAGCCUGAGACCCCCUUUUCCAUUUUUCUUUCUCUCUUUCCCUCACCCUGGCUAUAUCAGCACUUCCUUUCUCUGUUUUUCUGUUACUUCCUCCUCUGGGUGAGGAGCUGUGUGCAGACAAUGCUGAAUUCUUUCUGGUUGAUUCAGCUCUUCUCUCUAACAGCCAGUCUAAAGGUCUUGGUGUUCAUUUCUGCCUUACCCCUCUCUCUCUUUCUCUCUCUCUCGCUCUCUCUCUCUCUCGCUCUCUCUUUUUCUCAAGUAAUCAUGGAUGAGAAAAGUUUGUACAAUAAUUUGUGACAUAUAACAAAUAUUCUGAUUAUUUUAGAGGGUUCAUUGAAAAAUAGAUAUUCAUAUAUAUUUAGGAUUUAACGUUGAUCUAUUUAUUCAAUACUAAAUAUUCUUUUAAUAUUGAAAUAUUUUAUUUGUGUUAUUAUAACAAACUAUUUUUAGGCACAUGGAUAUUUGUGCUAGUGGUCAGUUCAGUAUGUAUAUAAUAGGAGUGCAUUAGUCCCCUCACACUUUUUCAGCGGCGUUUGUUACGGAAUUUUAUUCUGUAUUUUUUUCAAACUUUUCACACUUCAUUUUCUCCCCAUAGGGAUUUUCCAAAAAGUGUUUGUUAAAAUAUUAUAAGACAUGUAACAAGCCAAGCAACUACAAGGCAUAUCACAACAUCGUGAACUUCGAAAUUGGACAUGAGACAAAGGUACAAAACUGUGUGCUCAACCAUUUUAGUGAGGGAAAAGAACUGCAAUCCCAUGAAGCAUUGCAAAUUACAGUCAUGUUAAAAACAAUUGAGGAAAAAUAGAAACUACUUAUUUAAAGUUGAUUAUUACAUCUACAGAAAUU